AGUACAGGAGUACUGGCAGUACAGUGUAGCUGCACCACGCUCGUGGUGCAGCUACACUGUAGUACAUACAGCGUACACGUUCGGCCCAAAACAAGUAGAAAAACAAAUGGCUGCAGUUUAGAUGUUCGGACCAAUCAGAUGUCCGCACGUUGGUUACGUCAUCGAAACGACCGGCAUCCUUAGCAGUUUUCCGCCCCACCCCCAUCCCGCAUCAUCAGUCUGUUUGUGUACUGCGGUUGGGGAAGUUGGAACGUGAGACGUGCCCCUAUGUAGAGAGAAGACUUUGGAAUCCACAAACUAAACACAUUCAGACGGUGCAACAUGACAACUCGGGUGUUUAUUGGUCACCUCAGCUGUCAAGUACGGGAAAAGGACCUGGACAAAUUCUUCAAAGGAUAUGGGCGGGUCGGAGACAUUCACCUGAAGAAUGGGUUUGGUUUUGUGGAAUUCGACGAUCAUCGCGACGCAGACGAUGCCAUAUCCGACUUGAACGGCAAAGAACUGCUCGGAGAACGAGUGUCAGUGGAGUUGGCCUACGGAAGCAGACGUGGACCUGGGGGAAGAAUCGUGCCUCCGCGUCCCGACUGGAGAUCGCCUCCGCCUCGAAGGCCAUUCGCUCCACGAGACACUCGUUUCGGACCUCCUCAGAGGACCGAAUACCAACUGAUCGUCGAGAACCUAAGCAGCCAUGUCAGCUGGCAGGACCUGAAGGAUUACAUGAGACAGGCGGGGGAAGUGACCUAUGCAGAUGCCCACAAGAUCAGACCUAACGAAGGAGUGGUGGAGUUCGCCAACUACUCGGACAUGAAGAAUGCCAUCAGCAAGCUCGAUAAUACUGACCUGAGCGGACGCCGCAUUCGCCUCUACGAGGAGAAGAAGCGGUCCUCCAAGCGCAGCGACCAUUCCAGGUCAAGAUCGAGGUCAAGGUCGCGGAGGUCUUCCUCCACGGACCGCUCCCGGAGCCGCUCCCGAUCCCGCUCGAGGUCGCGCUCCGUGUCCAAGACACCCGUGCGCCGCCACAGCCGCUCGGAGAGUCCGGACAGGCGCUCCAAGUCGACGAGCAAGAGCCCCUCCGCCCACCGGAACAAGUCGCCCACUUCCAAGGGCAGCAAGUCCGACGACGACUAGGUGCGCAAGACGCAGUUGUCGGAUCUCUGUGUUUGUAUCCGAUCUGACAGAGUCGGAUCUCGUUUUUUUUUUCUUUCGCCGACGGUAGGAUGUGCGCCGUAUUACGACGGAACUCGCAGGAUCACGUCGGAAGUGCAGUGUUGCUCUUCUUUUUUUUUUUAAGUUUGGUUUGUGAAACCUGGUGUUGCAUUUGUCUUCUCCAAUAAAACGAACCUGGAUUAGUGCAAUUGGACCUUACUCAAAUACCAUUGAAUCAGCAUAAACAUGUUUUAUUUUGGGCGUUUGGAGAAUUGGAUAUCGUAGACUCCGUUAUUUUAGUUGCCCCCCCUUUUUUUUUUUUUUUUUGCCACUUGUUUAGGUGAGCCGAUCAUAGCCCAUCUAAAUUUGGAUGACAAUUUUGUUCAGAACAUACGGGAUUGCAACGUUUCCCUUAGCGUAUAAACUGGUUGUAUGUAACUGCAACCAUUAGUGUGCCGUUUUGUGACAGGCAAUUCAUUGUGUGUAUGUAACCUUUGCGAACUGUGUGAAAUAAAAAUUUUCAGGACUUUCA